UGCCCACUCAUGAUUCACCCAUCCCUAUCUUGAUCGACAUUGAAAGGCGCGCCAAACAUCACUUUUCUUCCAAUGACGUAUCUCCACGUGGAAUGCCAUCGUGGCUACACGUCACACUAACGUUCCGUAGAAACUCUUUCUGUUCCUCCAAACUUCCUCUCAACAUAUCCAUUUUCCAACCUCCAUAACCAUAACACGCCUUUCUUUCUUUCUUUCCCUCUCUCUACCUAUACAUACAACAACUCUGUAUCUAUACAUUCACUGAUUUAUCGUUUUUGUUUCAAGAUUCCAUGGAGCUUCAAAAGAUCAGCUCAAAGGGUCCCCAAAACAGUGAAGAAACGGCCGAACUCGUGAACCGGCGAAUCAAUCUGCUGACUUUGCACCUGAACCCGGUUCAGAACACCCCGGUUCAGGAAUUGGAGCUGCUAAGAUGCGCAGGGAAGGUGAAGGCGAUUAAGGUGAGCACGGUAAAACUGUCGGAAUACAUGAGAGGGAAGCAUAGGGAUAUACAGGAAGAAGUUUUUGCUUACUUCAAUUCAAGACCGGAACUUCAAACACCGAUUGAGAUAUCGAAAGAUGAACAUAGGGAAUUGUGCAUGAAACAGCUUGUGGGUUUGGUAAGGGAAGGUGGAAUAAGGCCAUUUAGGUAUGUGGUUGAAGAUCCGGCUAAGUAUUUUGCUAUUGCUGAAGCUGUGGGAAGCGUUGACAUGUCACUUGGCAUCAAAAUGGGUGUUCAGUACAGUCUAUGGGGAGGUUCUGUUAUCAACUUGGGUACUAAAAAGCACAGAGACAAAUACUUUGACGGUAUAGACAACAUGGACUACCCGGGAUGCUUUGCAAUGACGGAGCUUCAUCAUGGUUCAAAUGUUCAAGGUCUUCAGACAGUUGCCACCUUUGAUCCACUCACAGAUGAAUUCAUAAUUGACACGCCAAAUGAUGGGGCUAUUAAAUGGUGGAUUGGUAAUGCAGCUGUUCAUGGGAAGUUUGCAACAGCUUUUGCAAGACUGAUGUUACCAACUCAUGAUACAAAAGGUGUUACUGACAUGGGUGUGCAUGCAUUUAUUGUUCCAAUAAGGGAUAUGAAAACCCACAAAGCACUUCCGGGGGUUGAAAUACAUGAUUGUGGCCAUAAAGUUGGCCUGAAUGGAGUAGAUAAUGGUGCGUUAAGAUUUCGUUCAGUAAGAAUUCCACGGGAUAACCUUCUUAAUCGAUUUGGAGAUGUCUCACGGGAUGGGAAAUACACUAGCAGCCUGCCCACAAUUAACAAAAGAUUUGCUGCCACACUUGGAGAACUUGUAGGUGGUAGAGUUGGCCUUGCGUAUUCUUCUGUGGGUGUUCUCAAGAUUGCUGUUGUUAUUGCAACAAGAUAUUCUCUUUUGCGUCAGCAAUUUGGUCCUCCUAAACAACCUGAAGUUAGUAUACUUGACUACCAAUCUCAGCAGCACAAGCUUAUGCCAAUGUUGGCUUCAACCUACGCAUUCCAUUUUGCCACACUGCAUCUAGUGGAACAAUAUUCUGAAAUGAAGAAGUCUCAUGACGAGGAACUGAUAGGGGAUGUACAUGCACUUUCUGCAGGGCUUAAGGCCUAUAUCACUUCGUACACAGCAAAGUCAUUGAGCACAUGUAGAGAAGCUUGUGGUGGCCAUGGUUAUGCCGCUGUCAAUAGGUUUGGAAGUUUGAGGAAUGAUCAUGACAUAUUUCAGACAUUUGAGGGAGACAACACUGUUCUUCUGCAGCAGGUAGCCGGUCUUCUAUUGAAGCAGUACAGGGAGAAAUUCCAAGGUGGGACGCUCACUGUCACAUGGAACUACCUAAGACAAUCCAUGAAUUCUUACCUUGCUCAGCCUAACCCAGUAACUGCUAGAUGGGAAAGUGAAGAUCACUUACGCAAUCCUAACUUCCAGUUGGAUGCUUUUAGGUAUCGUACGUCAAGAUUGCUUCAAAGUGUAGCUAUCCGGCUUCAGAAGCACUCCAAGACUCUUGGAGGAUUUGGUGCUUGGAAUAGAUGUUUAAAUCACCUGCUGACGCUUGCAGAAUCUCAUAUCGAAUCAGUCAUCCUUGAAAAGUUCAUCGAAGCAAUUAAAAAUUGCCCUGAUGAAAACUCUCGUGCUGCCCUAAAACUCGUGUGUGAUCUCUAUGCCUUGGAUAGAAUCUGGAAUGACAUAGGAACUUACCGCAAUGUGGACUAUGUGGCCCCUAACAAAGCUAAGGCAAUUCACAAGCUAGCAGAAUAUCUAUGCUUCCAAGUAAAGAAUAUUGCAAGGGAACUUGUUGAUGCCUUUGAUCUUCCAGAUUAUGUUACGCGUGCUCCAAUCGGUGUGCAGACUCCAUCAGAAGCUUAUUCACAGUAUACUCAGAAUGUUGGGUUCUAGUUUCUAACAAAAGUGGGCAAGUUAUAUAUUUUCAUCUGAUUUUCAUAGUUCAAGAAGUUCCCCAUGGUUCUGGGAUGGUGGGUUAGGAGGGAAGAAGAAUGCUGAAGGUUGGUUAAGAGGUUCCUUAUAAGUAUACUUUGUACCCCAUUAUUUAUGCUGGUGUCAAGCUUCUUGUAUCACUUUUAUCUUGGUAAAGCAAGCUUGAUGAAUUCUUCUUGUAUUCACUGUUGUAAACAAGUUCUAAUAGAUGAAAAUGAUAUACUUGUCUUAACAUAAAAUAUGAAAUCAGAUCUGAAGGGGUGCUAUUACAUCAACAUUUGCAAUAUUUAUCGUGUUUUAGAAAUGUAAAAUAAAAUUAUUACUUUUUUCAUUUU